AUGCAAUAUUGCAACAUUGGUGCUGCGUCUUUCAUCACUCCCCGAACGUGCAUACUCGAAGGAGCACCUGCCAAGACUUACUUCUUUACGUCUUGUUUAUUCAACAUGACAUCCUCGAACAAUGAGAAGGUCUCCGAGACCCAGCUUGAGCCCAUCGAGUCUCAGAAGUCUACACUAGAGAAUAUCGACGAUGACCCCGUGUAUACUCGUCAGCAGCAGCGGAAGAUUAUUCGACGGAUUGAUUUUCGACUUGUCCUUAUGCUUGGGUUUCUUCAUUGUGUUUGUCUGAUUGAUCGGGGCAAUUUGGGGACGGCUGCUAUUGCGGGCAUGGAGAAGGAGUUGCACCUAGUUGGGACACAAUAUAGUACAAUUGCAGUUUCCUUUUUCCCGCCGUAUAUCGCCCUGCAGGUGCUUGGCCCCAUUCUCGUGCGAAAGAUCGGGCCCAUAAACUAUCUAUCAGGGGUCUGCUUUAUCUGGGGUGGAGUCAUGCUGUCCGCGGGAUUUGUGAAGAAAUGGACUGAAAUGGUCGGAAUCCGCAUCAUCAUCGGUGCUCUCGAGGCAGGCUUCUUCCCAGCAUCCGUCUAUCUGAUUUCAACCUGGUAUACACGAUACGAUAUUCAGAAACGCUACGCCAUCUUCUACCUCCUCGGCUGCGUCGCCUCAGCAUUCACAGGAAUCCUCUCCUACGGCAUUACAUUUAUGCGCGGCCUCGGAGGCCUCACAUCCUGGCGCUGGAUCUUCGUAAUUCAGGGCCUAAUCACCUGCGUCAUCGCAGCAGUCGGCUGGUUCAUUCUAGUCGGAUUUCCAGACAAAAUGAAGACCAGCAAGCGGAAAUUCAUGUCGAACGACGAAUACGAUUUUAUCAUACGCCGCAUCACCAAAGACAGAGCCGACGUCAACCUCGAGCCCUUCAAUAUCAAGAAAUAUCUGCGUGCAGGUCUCGAUAUCAAUAUCUGGGGCAUCGGAUUCAUCUACUAUUCUACAACGACGACCGCAUAUGCCCUUUCAUAUUUCCUGCCUAUCAUCUACAGACAAGGAAUGGGCUUUUCGAUGGGUGCUUCUCUGUGCCUGUUUGCGCCGCCUUAUGCUGCUGCUGGCAUUCUUAUGUUUGCGACCUCCUGGAUUGGGGAUCGGUAUCAUAUCCGAGGUCCGAUUUUGAUCUUUAAUGCUAUGCUGACUAUAACUGGUCUGCCAUUGAUGGGAUUCACGAAAUCAAAUGGACCUCGUCUACUCGGCGCCUUCCUCGUGACAAUGGGCGCGAAUUCCAAUAUCCCCUGUGCAAUGGCCUAUCAGGCAAACAAUAUACGUGGGCAAUGGAAGCGCGCCGUCUCCAGCGCUAUUUUUGUCGGACUCGGUGCGUCGGGGGGAAUGACCGGAUCACUUGUCUACCGGUCCCAGGACGCCCCAACGUAUCACCCUGGGAUUCUCACUUGCGUAGGGCUGUCUGUCUUGUCAAUUGUGCUAGUGAUUCUUUUGUCGGUCCGAUUCCGUUACUACAAUAGGAAGGCGGAUCGGGGUGAGAUUGUUAUUGCGAAUUUGCCGGGAUUUAGGUACACGUAUUGA